AUGGAGCACCAGGGGCAGCACGACCACACCAGGGACACCACUGUCAUGGCAGGCCAUGGUGAGGCCGGUGCAGGCGGACAGUUCCAGCCCGCCGCUGCUGAGGAGCACAGGAGCCGCUGUAUCCUUCAUCGCUCCGGAAGCUCCAGCUCCAGCUCGUCAUCUGAGGACGAUGGCAUGGGCGGUCGGAGGAAGAAGGGGCUAAAGGAGAAGAUCAAGGAGAAGCUCCCCGGCGGCCACAAGGACAGCCAGCAGAACCAGGCAGCAGCGACGGGUGGAGCCUACGGGCAGCAGGAGCACGCUGGCAUGACCGGCGGAGCAGGGGCUCAUGGAACCGAUGGCACCGGCGGCCAUGGCGAAAAGAAGGGUCUCAUGGACAAGAUCAAGGAGAAGCUUCCUGGCCACCACUGA